AUGCAGAAAGUGCCGGAAAACUCGUCUCAAAAAUAUGCUGGUGGCGUCCCCGAGGCUGCGUUUUGGCGACAAGCCCGUCUCGGGUGCUGCCCCAGCAGGCUUUCAAUGCGGAGGAUUUGGGCCAGUUUCAGAUUUUCGGACUCGAAAUCAGGUGCUUCGGCCUGUGGACCGGUCCAUAUUGGCGGCUGGUCUGCCAUUGAGCAUCCGGAAGACGAACAAAAAAAUGUACAAAAUGAAAAUAAAGCCGAAGAAAAUGGGCACGGUUGUCGCCUCAAACGUUAA